GCUGGCACCCUUUGCCUGCAAAGUGGACGCCCUUUUUUUUGCAGUGUGCAUAGACAAGAUAAAGCGACAAUACAUAAUGGCACCUAAGAACCCGCCACUUGUUACAGGUGUGUCACCAAAGGAAGGGCCACCUGGAACUCGUAUUACUAUCAGAGGUGAAAAUUUGGGGUUGGAUGCUCGCGAUCUCGUUGGACUAAAGAUAUGUGGCAUCGACUGUACUUUACUCGCUGAAUGGAAGUCACCAAGUAAAAUUGUUGCCCGAACAGGGGCAGGAAAGGGGAAAGGAGAUAUUAUUGUUGUAACUAAAUCUGGAGGCAAGGGCAGCUGUACUGUUGGUUUCCGUGGCUACUUUCUACAAAUAGGUCCAUUGCAAGAAUCAGCUGUGUGGAUUGAUGAAUCACAGACUGUGAGAGCCAACCUAGACCAUGGACGAACAGCCACUGCUGCUCCACUGAAAGAAGAGGAAGAUCCUCUUGGAAUUUCAGAUGAGGGAGACAAGGUCAAAAUGACAGAAGAAGAACUCCUUGAACUGUUUCCUGAAGCAUCAGGAAACAUGUCUCUAGAAAAUUUUUCACCUGGCUGGUAUCUGUUAGAAAACCAUCAAAAUGCAAGUUUUGAGGAUCUGAAAGCCGGCUUGACAUAUAUGAAGAGGAAAGCUGCACAACGUUCUGAGGGUCCCAUCACAGUUGUACGAUCUAACCUCACAGCCAUUUUGGAUUGUCUUGAUAGUCUCACUGAAACGUACAAGAAGUUUGGUGCAGAUGAUAUAAGAGUCAAUUCUAUGGAUUCUUAUGCAGUUUUGUUAAUGCAGGCCAAGUCCUGCGCAGAUGGCCUCUUUCAGGAAGUUCUUGGGCGAAAGGACAAAGCCGACUCAACUCGUAAUGCCUUGAAUGUCCUGACAAAAUUCCGUUUCCUCUUUCAUCUGCCUCUGAACAUGGAGAGAAAUAUCCAAAAGGGCGAUUACAACAUGGUUAUUAAUGACUUUGAAAAAGCAAAGUCUCUUUUUGUAGAAACAGAUGUCAAAGUAUUCAAAAAAGUGUAUAAAGAGGUAGAGCGUCGUAUUAACAACUUUCGGGACAUGCUGCACAAGCGCCUCUUGGAUACAAACAACACACUUGAUGAGCAGAAGAAACUCAUUGGCUAUCUGACCAGCCUGGAAUGUCAGGGUGACCCAGCUUGGGAGUGCCUGGAAAGUCAGCAGAACCACAUUAUAGAACUUCUAGAAGACUGCAGAGACGAUCAUGUCGAAGCUGAGAAAUCCGCCAUACAGACUGAUGCCAUUAGUGCAAAAAAUUCAUCCCAGAGCAACACAUUGAGGAGAAAGCCAGUCUCCACAUCUCCUGGGCUUAUCUUUUUAUCCAGUGCUAGACCUGAAUUUAAUGCAAGUAACUGGCGUGACAGAACGCCACAGAAAGUAAUGUUUGUGGAAGACCUUACAGACAUAAUGCUGGAGAACUUUCCUGAUUUUUGGAAACUGGGUCAGGCCUAUUUUUCAGGAGAAUUUAACCGCACAAGGGAGGUGUCUGAGAAGGGAUUUAAAUCUGACACCAGCAAACAUGGAAAAUUAAAGCAAAUGAUUGCAGAGCUGGUUGGGUUGUUUGCAAACUUUGUGCGUGCAGCCUUCCUUCCAGAAUCACUUGAAAACCUCCCUGACAGUGAACGGCUAAAGUUUGGUGUGUGGCCAGCGGCCAGCAAGUCAGUUGUGCAAGGAACCUGGCUUCCACACUGUGUACGAACCAUUCGAUCAUGCGUUUCAACACUAGCCAGCCUUGACCUUACUGCUGAGUCCUUGAACAUUUUGCAAGACUUGGCUUUUGACCUUCGCACCAACUGCAUGUUCACAUUACUGAAACAAGCCAUUGCAGAUGUAAAGGGAUUGUAUAACAAGCAGACAUGGUCAGUAGAGACAGAUGAUGAGUGUGGGGGAACAACACAGCUGCCAGCCUUGUUUGAAAAUAUUGUAAGUGAGACGGUGCAACAUCUGCAUGAAGUUGUUGUCCUCAAUAAACCUGGCGAACCAGAGGUUUAUUUCAGCCAGCGCCCAAUUCAGAAGGAGGCUACCUUGCUGUGCACCUCACUGUUACAGGCCUUUUCCUCUUGUCUGGAACAGCUUGCUUUCAGUCCUCCCUCAAGCAAGCAUGCAGAAAGUAACAAUGGCCAUGCAUCCAAGCAGAUAGCUGAGCGUCAGAUGGAAAUGGAAGAUGACGAGGAUAAUCUUCCCUCGCUAGACAAGCGCCUUAUUAUUAUGCUCAGUGACUGCAACCAUGCUCAAGAAGUGGUCAUUCCCCGCAUCAUAGAUAAUCUCAACCGCCAUGGUUAUGUAGAGAUGAAUAAAGCUGCAAAGGCUGCACAAAACACAUAUGCUGAACUGGAUAAGAAACUCUUUGAAAGUUAUGUGGAGCAAAAGUCAGAUCCUAUCAUUGGUGCAAUGGAACCCAGCAUGUACAGGGGACGAUUCAGCUGGAAAACUUGCCCUCCACCAACAGGUGUUAGAAAUUACUUGAAGGAGAACUUGAUGAGCAUGAUUGAGGUUCAUGCUGAGGUCUUCAGCAUAUCUCCGAUGUUUGUGAGUCGAGUGAUGAGCAAAGUAACGGAAGCUGUUGUGGAAGAGGUUACACGACUCAUCCACUGUGUUGAUAGCUUUGGAGCACAUGGAGCUGUGCAGGCAUGUCUUGAUCUUCGAGCCUUGCAGGAGACAGUAGCUGUCUAUGCAUCAGCACGAACUGAUUCCAGUUUCAAAGAAGCAUUUCAGCGCAUUCCUAGUCUGUCUAAUGAAGGAAACCAGUUGCUAGAAAAUCUGCUGACAGAAUUCAAGUCGGGUAUGAAAUUCCAGCUGAUGUGUUUCCGUAACAUUGGUGUGGACAACCGGACCAGCAAACGUGACCACUCAUCAUGCUAGACUUGUUGUCUGCCUGUCUUUGACAUCAGAAAGAAGGGACAGCAAUCUCAAAACCCUUCCUAAGAACAUUCAUUUGAAAAGUUAAAAAUGUUAUUUAUCUUUAAUUUCCGGAAGUAUUUGACUCUUUAUGAGUUGUAUCAACAUUCUCAUGACAUACCAAAUGGGUCUUAAGUAAAAUUGUUGGAACUAUAACAUUAGUGGAACAAGUCACUUAGAUUAUUCUAAACUGAAUGAGUUGUAUUGGCUUGAUGGAGAUAACGACAGAUCUAUUUCAUAAAUAAAUUCUUUUAAAGGAAUUCCUAAGAAAAAAACUUUAAAGUGCAAUGCUGGAUGCUAAAAUUCACUGGACAAAGAUCUUGGCAUUAUUAGCAAAUACAAGAUGUUGGACUAGUAGGAUGCAAUUUUUAUUUUUCUAAUGAUCAGAAGUUCAGUGCAAGAUUCUUUUUCUGUAGAUGAAUACCCCCCUUGGGUUGAGAUACAUGUCUACAAACAUCACCAUGCACAGGAAGAGGUCAAAAUUGUGAUAUCACAUUUGUAUGCAGAUGCUUAAUUAAUCAAACCUCAACUCUCUCACUGUUGGAGGCAUGGCCAAUGUAAAUAUAACCAUGUACCAUCUUAAUGUUGACAUCUUUCUGUGCAUGUUUGGGUCUUGAAAACGAAAGGUUUAUAUACCUAGAUUCAGGUAUAUACCAUCCUCCUCUGAGUUUUACCUAAUGAUUAGAUACAUUUUCCACCUCACUAGUCCUUUGAAGGAUUACAGGUCCUAGGCCAUGAAUACAAACUGGUGUAAAGUUUACCAUAAGCUGAAAAAUGGGGGCAAAAACCUUUACAAAGGUGCAGUAUUUAUAAUUUUAAGCUUUUCUCAUAUAGAAAUAUUUAAAAAUAAUCCAAAUUAUUGACAGAACAAAAAUAAAACCACUACUAAAAUGCA